AUGCACCCUGUGUGUUGGUGCGGGGUCAGGAUCAUUGACGCCAGAAAGCAGACCCGGGGCGCACGCCCCUGUCUCCUCGCAGGCUGCGAGCUCUCCAGCCGCACCCGCUCCUUCACCUUCAAGGUCGAGGAGGACGACGACGCGGAGCACGUGCUGGCCCUGACCAUGCUCUGCCUCACUGAGGGAGCCGCGGACGAGUGCAACGUGGUAGAAGUGGUGGCUCGGAACCACGACCACCAGGAGAUCGCAGUCCCUGUGGCCAACCUCAGGCUGUCCUGCCAGCCCAUGCUCAGUUUGGAUGACUUCCAGCUCCAGCUCCCCGUAACCUUCCGUCUGAAAUCAGGCUCUGGCCCGGUGCGGAUCACCGGGCGGCACCAGAUUGUCACUAUAAGCAAUGAUGUUUCUGAGGAAGAAGAGGAUGAAGAGGAAGCUGAAUUGUGCCCCAUCCUCCCUGCUAAAAAGCAGGGGGCCAGGCCCUAGCCCUUCCCGGUCAGGUCGCUGCCUGCUGCGUGUGCCGUGCCCGACGUUCUGGACAAGUUUCGAGAACUAUAAAUGUUUCUUCUCCAUUGAAGAGAAAAGCAGAGAUUGGGUGGGAGGGACUUGGGCCGGUAUUAGGAGAGAGCCGCCCAGUGGACCCGGUGCUCUGGUUCUACACCAGGCCCGGGCUUCCCUUUUCGGUAGGGUAGGAGGGACUGUGAACUUUUGACCCUUCCUCUCCACCUGUCUGUGAAGAUUGGAAGUUGGUAUCUGAAGCUCAAAACUACACGUUUUUAACACAUUUUACAUUUUUAGAUAAAGGUCGAAAUAAAGUGA